GCGAGUGCGGGAAGGCGCGGAGCGGAGCGGGCGGUGGUGGCAGCAGCAGCAGGAGCGGCGGAGCAGCCUCGGACACCGGCAUCAUGCGUGAGAUCGUGCACAUCCAGGCCGGGCAGUGCGGCAACCAGAUCGGCGCCAAGUUCUGGGAGGUCAUCAGCGAUGAGCACGGCAUCGACCCCACGGGCAGCUACCACGGGGACAGUGACCUGCAGCUGGAGAGGAUCAACGUCUACUACAAUGAAGCCACCGGUAACAAGUACGUGCCUCGUGCCAUCCUGGUGGACCUGGAGCCCGGCACGAUGGACUCCGUGCGCUCUGGCCCCUUUGGACAGAUCUUCAGGCCCGACAACUUUGUCUUUGGUCAGAGCGGGGCUGGCAACAACUGGGCCAAGGGGCACUACACGGAAGGAGCUGAGCUGGUGGACUCGGUCCUGGACGUGGUGAGGAAGGAGUCGGAGAGCUGUGACUGCCUGCAGGGCUUCCAGCUGACGCACUCGCUGGGCGGCGGCACGGGCUCUGGGAUGGGCACCCUCCUCAUCAGCAAGAUCCGGGAGGAGUACCCCGACCGCAUCAUGAACACCUUCAGCGUCAUGCCCUCCCCCAAGGUGUCGGACACGGUGGUGGAGCCCUACAAUGCCACCCUCUCUGUGCACCAGCUGGUGGAGAACACGGACGAGACCUACUGCAUCGACAACGAGGCCCUGUAUGACAUUUGCUUCCGCACCCUGAAGCUGACCACUCCCACCUACGGGGACCUCAACCACCUGGUGUCGGCCACCAUGAGCGGCGUCACCACCUGCCUCCGCUUCCCCGGGCAGCUGAACGCCGACCUGCGCAAGCUGGCGGUCAACAUGGUGCCUUUCCCCCGGCUGCACUUCUUCAUGCCGGGCUUCGCCCCGCUCACCAGCCGCGGCAGCCAGCAGUACCGCGCCCUGACGGUGCCCGAGCUGACGCAGCAGAUGUUCGACUCCAAGAACAUGAUGGCCGCCUGCGACCCCCGCCACGGCCGCUACCUGACGGUGGCCGCCAUCUUCCGGGGCCGCAUGUCCAUGAAGGAGGUGGACGAGCAGAUGCUCAACGUGCAGAACAAGAACAGCAGCUACUUCGUGGAGUGGAUCCCCAACAACGUGAAGACGGCCGUCUGCGACAUCCCCCCGCGCGGCCUCAAGAUGUCCGCCACCUUCAUCGGCAACAGCACGGCCAUCCAGGAGCUCUUCAAGAGGAUCUCGGAGCAGUUCACGGCCAUGUUCCGGCGCAAGGCCUUCUUGCACUGGUACACCGGCGAGGGCAUGGAUGAGAUGGAGUUCACGGAGGCAGAGAGCAACAUGAACGACCUGGUCUCCGAAUACCAGCAAUACCAGGACGCCACUGCUGACGAGCAGGGGGAAUUUGAAGAGGAAGGAGAGGAGGAUGAGGCGUAAAGUUGAAUUGAGUAGGAGUUAAGUAUAGUCUGAGCAGGCAAGUGUUCGUUGAGAGGAGGAAUCUGUGCAGUUGUGCUGAAGCAUGCAUUUUUUCAUUUGGUGCUCUCCACUGUUGCUUCUGUCAGCAGUUUUGUAUCCUUGACUGUCCAAUGUAACAGUAGUUGCAAAAAUACUUCAGAGUCUUCUGUUGAAAUGGGUAACUUCUCAAACAUAAAGCUUUUUGUGUCCUAAA